AUGAGUUAUGGACGUUAUGGAUUUGAUCCCGAUGCCCAUAACAAAGGAAGGGGCGAGAUGGAGCUCGGUUUCGGCCGCUACGGAGUGAGCAGCGGGCUGUAUUCGCUGUUUCCGGGCGCGUCCGAGGCGAGUGCUGCCAUCUACUCGCAGGCAACCAGCACCUCGACGCGCUUCAACACCUUCCACAGCUUCAUCGGUGCCCACAAAGUUGCCGACUCGCUGUUCUCGUCCAACUACUCGUUCGGCGGGCCGGGCGGUGGGGGCGCGGGGGCGGCGGGCCCGUUCUCGCCCGCCGCCGGGGGCGGCCCGGUGCCGCUGGUGGAGCGCGGGCUGGCCGGGCUCGAGCUGAUGGCCAAGGGCUUCGCCACCCGCACCACGUGGCCGCCGCCCAUCAAGAAGGAGCCGGGCACCACGGCGGCCAGCACGCCCUGCCAGGUGGCCGAGGUCACCACCAGCAUCUCGCCCAUCGCCACCAUCAAGGUGGAGGCCGCGUCGCCCGCGCCCGUCCACCACCACUCCGCCUGCAAGAAGGACGUCGCCAAUGCGGCCGUGCUGCAAGCCCCGCCUUGCGACGACCGGACGGCCAAUGGCGUGGCGCCGUGGGCGGCGGCAGCGCCGCACGGCUCCACCCUGACUCCGCCCUCGCUGUGGCAGUACCCAGCACCAGUGCCAGUACAGCUGGGUGCUGCGGACCACUCACCCCUGCCGCCGCCAGUUGGGUACCAACUUGUGAGGGACCCUCUCUCCGGACACCUGCUUCUCAUUCCUGCCGCCAACAUAGCGGGCUGCGGUCCGUGUUUUGCAGAGCACCUGCAGCGGGCCGUUCUGUGGUCUGGUAGCUCCGCUACAGCUGCGACAGGAGUGGGUGUGGGUGUGGGUGUCGGGUUUCCCACACUUCAGCCACAGCAGCCACAGCCUCAGCAGCAUAUCCAGCUGUUUGAACAUCCACCGGAAACUGCACCUGCAACCGCCACAGCAGCUGCAGAGACCACCACAACAACGCGCAUCCUUGUGCAACCGCAGUUUACACUGACAGCUCAUGCUACCGCAGCUGCUGAGCAGCCGCAGCCUGCACACACUUCCACUAAGAAGAGGACCACUGUAAUCAAGGUUGAAGCAGCAGACUGUACAGCACUGGAGGUCAAGGCGCCUACACUCACCCGCGCUGUUAGUUCUGAAGUUACUACCACAGCACCAAUCUUCCCGGCAACCAACAUUGCAACAACUCACUUUUUUUAUGAGCAGCACCCAUCAGCUGCUGCUGCCACAGCCGCAACAGCCACUGCAACAGCAGUUGUACAGUUGUCUCACACCCCUCAGCCCCCGACUCAAGUACCAUCUCAACCACAGCAAGCACAGUGUCUACCCCAAAUGCAACAACAGCAGCAACCAUCUGCUGCAGUGCAAACAGAGACUGGGAAGAGAUCUCAGGCAACAUCACCAGUAAAUCCUGCUGAUGCCUGCCUUACACCACCACCAGAGGUAGCUGCUUCCCAUGGUGAAGAGGCUGAGGAUCCUGGUAGUCAACCUGGACAACCUCCACCAGGUCUGGAAUCAGUUGUCACUGUUGCUGAUGCCAGCAACCAGACAGAUACUCCACCAUGCAGUGAAGAUGAAACAUCAGCUCAGCAGCAGCAGCAGCAGCAACAGCAGCAGCAACCACCUGUCGAUGUCAGUGGACUAGAACUUUUGUCAAACAGUAUUGAGCAGUUUGAGAGGGAGAGGCCAUCAGAGCCCAACACACCUGUGCCGAACCCACCAAUACCCAUCUCACCAGUUCCUACUAUUGUCACUGAUGCUACUCCUACUUCAACUUCUACACUGAGGUCACCAGUUCCUACAAGGGUGACAACUCUGGCUGAUGAAAAAGCUGUGGAGAUGUUGCAGAUGCUCUCUGUGCCAAAGGUCCAGGAGACAGACAGCGACAAAGUGGAGUCUGAAUUGGAUGGCUGCUCUGUGCCUCCGGAAACUGCUAUUGUUACAUCAAGCACCAGUGAUCAAAACAGCAGCACCACCAGCAGCGGCAGCAGCACUUUUACAGUGAGCACAACAACCACCACCUCCACGACGACAACCACCACAACCAGCAUCAAUAGUGAUGGCAGCAGCAACAACAAUGACAUCAACAAUGGGUGUAGCAGUGUCAGCAUUGUUGCAAGCAGCAGUAGUGUUAAUGGUGUUCUUGGUGGCCUGGGACUUUUGUGUGCUCUUGCAGAGCAACGAAUUAUGGAAGAAGUAGGACACAACUUGUCAAAAGAUCAAGAUGUAGAGCCUGAUGACAACACACAGGAGCUACCGAAACCAGUCCACCAGAGGGCUUCAUCAGCAGACUCAGGCGUAGAUGUGAAUCGUAACUACCGCACACGGAAACUGGACAGACAGUGCAAGAAAUCAGCUGCUAACAAACAGGGACCCCAGUACCAGGUGUCCUCUUCUGAAGCUACCAGUCCUCAAGAUCAGCAGCACAACACAAACAUAGCUGGAGCUGCAGCUGGUGGUUCAUGUAUGACUCAGUCACCAGCUACAAGCCCACAGUCCAAUGAAAGCAUGGGUCCCAUGGAGCUUAAUAUGCGAAUGCGGCUGGCUGACUUGCAACGACGCUAUAAAGAAAAACAACGUGAAUUAUCACGCCUCACACCAAAGAAAGCAGAAAGUACCCUAUUAACUGCUGGAAACAAUACUCCAGUGGCAACUACUUCUCCAUCAGAAAUGGGCGUGAGUCCAGCUUGUGCAGUUACAAAUAAUUCCAGUGCAAAUGUACAGCAAAGUCCAGUCAAGAGAGGCCCUGGAAGGCCACGGAAACGUUGCAACAGGCUGACACCAAAUUCACCUCAAAGAAAUACAGGCAGAGUCUCUGCUUCAAAAACAAACAGAGACUUACCACCUGUAUUGGAGAAAGUAACAGAGCCACCUCGUUUGAAAGCAUCAAAGCUUGAUAUUUUGAAGCCACCAACACUCACGGCAAAUCGCCCAAAACUGAGGCCAGCAGCUAUAUUGGCAGAAACACAGAUGCCCCAAUGCAAUGCCAGUCUAAUGAAGACAAAACCCAAAGUUAACGGUGACAUUUCUGGCACAACCCCUAAACUUGAUGGAUUAUUUGGUUCAGAUGCUGAGAAACAUAGUGCCUUUUCCUUGUGCCGCCUCCCGUGUCACACAUUUGGCUCGAAACCUUCCUCGCGCCUCCCCAAUCCAGGAGACUGUGAUGUGCAGUCCUGGUUUAAGAUGUCGGAAAAGCCACCUGUUGUCCUCAGACAGCAAGAAAAGGAAUUGUCAUCAGUUGAGGGCACAGAUGCUGCAGUAUUAUCUAUUGCUACCACUGCUACAACUACUUCAGUAGCGUCUAUGGCUUCUAUUACUACUUCAACUACUACUACAACUACAGCUACUACUACUACUACCCCAGUUUUAUCUUCAUCAAAGAAGCGAAAAGUUGGUAGACCAAAAAAACAUUUGCUUGAUGAUGGGAAGGUUGAGACCACAGAAAUGAUAGUAGCAAAGAAACCAAAAACAAAGAAUGGUCUUAUGGGCUUUUUAUUAUCACACCCAAGGCUUGAUAGCACUUUAGUAAGUUCCCAAGAACAAAACAAAACCGCUGCACAUAUGAUUUCAACAAUCAAGAAAUUGCCUAUAACUGACCACAAACCAAAGAUAAGACCAAAGCUGAAGGCUGAAGCUAAGGUGAAAACCUGGUCUUGGGCAGAUGAUGAUGACAAUGAUGAAGAGAAUAAUGAUGAUAAUGAUAAUGAGCAUGAUUUAGAAUGGAGAUCAGAAAACAUGAGGCCAGCAGUGAGCAAACAAGAAGUGAAAUACAUUCCAUGGGUGAACAAAAGUGAGAAGAAUGACAAAGUGCCUGCCAAAGUAGUUCAAAAUGAAAGUUCUGGAGGGACAUCAGCCAAAAGGAAAUUAAGUAGUGGCGAUGCAAAGGGUACAAAAACAGCAAAAAGAGUGGCCCGCUCUACUAGUCAAGAUAAAAAUCAACAUGGAAUCAUUACAAAACGGCAGAAAAGGAACAGAUGUAUAGCAGGAACAAAAGAGGUCAGUCGACAGGUUCCUGCUCUUCCUGCGACUAACACUGCUAGUGAGACAGAAGGAGAAGAUUUACCACUCAGUGUUUACAGCAGCAGAUCUUCACCACCAUCCUGUUUGCUGACAGCUUCACACUUAAAUACAGACAAGCAGCGUGUUCUGACUGCAUCAGGAGGUUUGUUUUAUGCUGGCACUCUGAGUGCAAUCCGUCCACCUGAUGUAUACGGUGUGACUUUGGAUGGAGAACGUGGGAACCGUCAGCAUAUCUAUAGCCGGGAGGAAGUGCUGAAGGAUGCGAUCCUAGAGGUGCGGCUGUCGAGCACUGCGGACCUUCCUCCUGGUACUCGAUUGUGUGCCUAUUGGAGCCAACAGUAUCGUUGUCUCUACCCAGGCACUGUGGCACAACCAUCUAGUCCAGACCCUGAGCUCGAUCGACAAUUUGUCAGCGUUGAGUUUGACGAUGGUGACAAUGGUCGUAUCAACAUAGAUGAUAUAAGAUUGCUGCCACCUGACUACCCCGUUGUUGAGUAUGAUCCAAACCCUCUUCUGAGCUUAGGAAAAAGACGUCGACGUAAUUCUGGAACAAGCUGUGAGAGCCAUUCAAAAGACCGCCGAAUAAGUAAUGAUACAACAGGUGUUGCUGGUACAAAUACAGUGACUACAGUCACACCAAAACCUGAUCUGUCUAGCAGCAUUACUGAAACUGCUAAAGGAAAAUGCUCCUCUCCUGUGGACAUUGAGAGUAGGUCAACAGCACAGUUGCAGGAGCAGUCAGAAACUGCAUCACAGCAUCGUGAUGGUCGAACUACUACAGAUGAAACAACCUCUGUUCAACAAUCAUCUGGGUCCACAUUACUUGAUGUUGGGGACAAUAGCAGUCUUAGGGAACGCCGUAGGCUGAAGAAAAGACGCCGUGAUAAAUUGAAGCGCUUAUUAUCAUGCAGUGCUGGUGUUCUUAUGGCAGAAGGAGUUGCGCUGAAGAAGAAACGGAGGAAGCAUCAUUGCUGUGAAGAACAUUGUCGACAUAAGAGACAUCACCGCCGACAUAGACGGAGAAGACAUCGACAUAGAAGGGACUCUGGCAGUGAUUCCACUUCAAAAUCAGGCCACACCAGUACAGAUGGUGCAUCUCAGGCCUCACCUGCUGAUGGGAUUGUGCAUGUAUCUGACGGCCAGUAUCCAGAUAAAUGUCAAGAAACAGAUGUUGCUACAUCUGGUGAUGCAUGUGCAAGUGGUGUUGGAACAAGCAGUGGCAGUACCACUGGAGACAGCAUCAGUGGCAGUACAAGUGAGGUAGAUGAAGACCUUGCUCAGCCUGCUACAAAGACAAAGAAGGAGAAAGAGAUUGUGAAGCCUAAGAAGUGUCGUGACAGACAGCCAUCAGUCGAGAGUCGAAGCAAAAUGGCAGCAUUCCUACCAGCUAGACAGUUAUGGGGUUGGUCAGGAAGAGGUUUCAAGCGACCUGGAGCUAAAGGACGAGGACGUAAAGAGUUCUACAAAGCUAUCCAACGGGGCAAGGAGAGUAUCAGGGUUGGUGACUGUGCAGUUUUUCUGUCAACUGGAAGACCUGAUCGUCCAUACAUUGGUCGCAUAGAAUCAAUGUGGGAAGCUUGGGGUACUAACAUGGUAGUACGUGUCAAAUGGUUUUACCAUCCAGAAGAGACUAAUGGAUGUGCACCUCUAAAAUAUCCCGGUGCAUUGUUUGAGUCGCCACACAGUGAUGAAAAUGAUGUUCAAACAAUCUCUCAUAAAUGUGAAGUGCUGCCACUAGAAACAUACAUACAACGCCUGGGUGCUGAACCUCAUAGGUUCUCCACUAUUUAUGAUAAUAAUGAUAUAUACUACUUAGCAGGCUAUUAUGAUCCCACAAGCAAACAACUUACAAUGGAACCAGGUGUUAUGUGAACAAUUUAGAGUCGUAAUCUCUUUCAGAAUAUCUCAUCUGUGUUGUUUUGUUAAAUACUUUCCAUGAACAUUUAGCAGCAUAUUUGUAAAUCCAGACUGUGUGCUCAAAAUUUAAAAUUUUGCAUACAAAGAAACUUUUCAAAUGUAUUUAUUGUUCUGGGAUGGCUCUGUGUUAUUAGUAUUCAAAGCUGAGGGUGGGUAUGCAAACAGAGAAUGUAAAUAUUAAAAUGUUGUUGUGCAUACUGUUGGUACAGUCAUAGUUAACAUCGUGUGCAAGAUGAUCAGAAUGUAGAAUAAGUGCAAUGCUGUUUCGUGUAUUUAUAUCAGAUUAUACCUGUCAGCCUUCUGCAUAUAUAAAUAGUAUUUAUUUUUAUUGACCACAGAAGAUUCUUGUAUAUAAUGGAACAAGCCAGUGAACGAUUGCAUGUGCCUGGAAUCACGUAGUGAUUCACUUGUUUAAAGACUGCACACUAGUAAAGUCUAGAUUGAUGGGAUUUAUUUACUACAUUCUGUUACAGAGUUGAGAAUGAAAGAUUGAGGUGUCAAUAAGCUAAAGACUGGCAAGCGUCUUAAAGAAAGAUAUUGUAUAUUUAAAGAUUGAUGAUGUAUAUUUUUUUCCUCUCAUUGUUAAUGUAUAGUAGAUUUCCUGCAUCAGUCUCUGAUGCGCCUUCGCUAUCACAAGUUAACAAUCAGAGAUAUUGAUACAUGUAUAAUUUUUCAUUCGAAAAGGAACCAGCUAGUAGUGCAAAUUAUGUACAGUACUAAUUCUCACUGAAUGCCUGUAGUGUGUAUACUGUUUAAAUUACUGUGGGCUGUUGCUGUAGUAUGUUAAUGAUUUUCAAAAAAUCUGCAGACUGCAUUUCAGACAACUGUUUCCAUAGAUAAAAAGAAUGAAAAAAGAAAGAAAUUAAUAAAAUACUUUUAAGGACACUUUAGUUUUAUAAAAAUGAGAUCUAGUAAGUUGAACUAUUUUUCUAAGUUACUUUUUCUUCUGAUUUCUUAGGGAGCUGGACCACUUUCCUUACUUUUUAAAAUUAUUUCCAAUCACAAGUUGUGGAUUAUAGCUUAACUGGUAACAUAGGAAUGGUCUUCAUUUUAUUACAUAUCCCUUAAAAAUGCGGGAUGAAUGAUUUAAGAGCAGGUGCCAUUUCAAAUGUUUGUUCCGUUUUGAGACUGCUUUUCUUGCAAGUAGACUCAUCCUGUGCAUUUGUGUUUGUUUCACUCUUAGUACUCUUUUGGUCACAAAUAAAUGAGGUAGUACUCUUGAUAAUCAAAAAUAAUUUAUCAAAUGAAUCGGUAAGGAACCACAACUAGUCAAAAUUUAUUUGAAGAUAAAUGGAAGAAUAAUAAAGUCAGAAAGUAGGCUGUAUGCAGCCAAUUGCCACCCAUCUUUUAAAUUGGUUGUGUAAUUUUUCUGCUUUCCAAAUUAUGGUAUAGAGUGCUUAAUAUUUUUAAUUUUUACUGAAAAGCAUUAGUAAACUCUUCUGUGGAUUUGUAAGGAGUUGUAAAAAUUAGUAUCAUUAUAUAAUAGUUGCAUAAUAGUCAUGAAAAACUGAAUUACUCCAAUUACAUUCAGAAUAUUAAAAAUAACUUUCCAAAUGUACCCAUGUGCAUUGGUUUCAUCCAAUAGUCAACUUAUUUUACUAAUGUGAGGGAAAUAAAAUAUGUUAUGAAACUCAAGAUCCCUUCAUAUAUCCUUAUAUGUAUUAACAUCAGCAUAUGAAAUGUCCAGUUCUUGAAUGUGUCAUUUCAUGUGCUAUGGUUCUAGCAUUGUUAAUAUAAUUUCCUUACAAAGCUCCGCCCUUGUGCUAGGACGACAAAACAUUCUCUAGUUGUCAGAGACAAUAGAACACAUCUUAUGUUACCAGGUGAAGGACUAUGCAGUUUGACUCUCAUGUGUUCAGAGUAUGGUGUAUAAAUGUGCCAUAUGGUAUUUUCCUUAGUUCAUAAGUAUAUUUUCUUGUGCAGAUGCUUGUUAAACUAGUCCACUUCCUAGAAUCAGUUGGGUAUACUGAAUUUCUCUUAGUUCAACUUUUUCAGACCUUUCAUUGUAUUAAUUUCACUGUUCAUUAUAACAUACUUGUGGGAAGAAUGUGUGUUUAUGUUGUAUAUUGUCUGUGACCUGGACAUAUAAUGGAGGUGUUGCAGCAGCAGAUAAUUCUCUACAUGAGACUUAUCAGUCUGCAGGAUGAGUUUUUAUAGAUUGUACAGUUAAGCUUAAUUUUACUGUUAUAAAUUUAUACAAAUAAAUGUAUCAAAUUACGCUUAUACCAGAAAGAGCUACACAGUCUUAUUUAGGUGCUGUUAAAAUUAUUUUCAAAUAUGUUUUAUAUAAAACUCAACAAGUGAAAUAUAUUGUAAACAAAAGGUGAGGUAUGAGUGUCAUUUAUUACCAUGUUGCAAACAAGGUGCUAUGUGUAAAGAGUAUUUUACUGAGGAAAGCAGUUUGUUAAAGGAGUUAAGUGUCUCACUAUUGUGAUCUUUUGGAAGAUAAUUACUAUAUUAGUAUGGAAAGAAACUUCUCUUUGUUUUAUAAUUUUCACUUAUUCUUAUAUGAGUGAAGUAAAUAAAUAUUUAAAUAUAUAAAUUAUAUAACUAUAUAAAGAGACAAAGAGAAAGAAAGUUUAUGUUCACAAAUUAAUGCAGGGUGAAAAGAUAAGACAUGUAAUAGUAUUCUCCACUUUUUGUAUAUAAAAAGAGUGUGUGUGUGUGUGUGUGUGUGUGUGUGUGUGUGUGUGUGUGUGUGUGUGAGAUGUAUAUGUGGGCGGGCACAAGCAUGCACUCACAUGUGUGAGAGAUAUUGUGUGCACACUUGUGUGCAUUUAGAAAGUGUAAAAUAAAAUUGAAAAAUUUUGAUGCUUUAAAA